AUGAAGCGCGAGGACCUAGCGCUCAAAAUCUUGGAUUCUGUUGCGGGCGUUAUCACUGAGCUGUCCAUGACGGCUCCUGGAGCGCUCUACUUCUACAUUGACGGCGUUACCCCGAGAUGCUUCUUCGAGGAGCUUCCCAAGGACACCCUCGUGGUUGGCGACUACACGGCUGAGGAAUGGGACGAGCAGCAGAGGGCUUGGGUUUCCCACGAGGGCAUCACCAUCUAUAUCUCCGUUGAUGAAGUCUUUGACAACGACCACCGCGUUGUCUCCCAACGUGGUUCCCGCUCCGGCCGCUUCACCUUUACCGCCGCCGAUGCCGGCGACCAUAAGCUUUGCUUUACCCCCAGCUCCUCCUCGGGCCGCAACGGCUGGCUCAGCGUCAACAACCCCAACGGCGGCAUCCGUCUCAACUUGGACCUCGCCAUCGGCGAGACCAGCCAGCUCGAGAGCACCGACAAGAACAAGAUCGAAGACAUUGCUAGCCGCAUCAAGGACCUCAACGCACGACUCAACGAUGUUAGGAGGGAACAAGUCUUCCAGCGUGAGCGGGAGGCCGAAUUCCGUGACCAGUCUGAGACUACCAACGCCCGUGUCAUUCGCUGGAUUAUCAUUCAACUCGUCGUCCUUGGCGUGACAUGCACCUGGCAGCUUUCUCACCUACGGUCCUUCUUCAUCAAGCAAAAGCUCACCUAA